AUGGAGUAUUCUAAGCCUCCUGAAUCCUUCAACGUGAAUGAACCACAAGGUUGGACAAAGUGGAAACAAAAAUUUGAAAUCUUUUUGUUGGCUUCUGGAAGAAGCGAGGCUGCAGAGAAAAUAAAAGUGGCAUUGUUGCUGAAUAUCCUUGGUGAAAGUUGUCUGGAUAUUUUCAACACAUUUCCCGAAAACAAAAGAGACAAUUUUGAUGAUGUUAUAUCUUGUUUUGAUAACCACUUUCUGCCCAAACAAAAUAUUUGUAUGGAAACCUUCAAGUUUAAUAAUAUCCAGCAAAAAGAAGGUCAGGGCAUUGAUUCAUUUUUAACAGAACUUAAGAAGCAAGCUGCAAAUUGUGGAUUUAUUUGUGAGAAAGACAAUUGCAAGCAAAGUUAUGCAGAUCGAAUGAUUAAAGAUAGGAUGGUCUUGGGCGUGCUUGAUAAACAAGUUCAGAGACAUUUGCUGAGAGAGACAACCGUGACUCUGGACAAAAUGCAAGAAUAUUGUAGGAGCAUAGAGGUGACCUUAAAGCAUGUCGAACUGUUAAAUACAAAAGAAGAAACAGAAGAAAUAAACGCAGUUAAAUUUAAGUUUACAAGAAACUGUAUACGGUGCGAUACAAAGCAUGAGGUGAGAAAGUGCCCUGCAUAUAACCAAACCUGUGAGAUUUGCAAUAGAAAAGGACACUUUUCUAACCUUUGUUUCUGGAAAAAUAAGCAGAGAAAUGAUGAGCAACCAAGCUCGUCAAAUGAACAGGGAAAAAAGGCAUCUGAGGUACAAAAAAAUGUAAAAAUUCAAGAAACAAACUGUGUCGAAACUGAGGUCGAUGGUUUUGAUAACAAUGACGAAAAGAUUGAAGAAGAGUCAAUAUUUAUUUUUGAACAAAAACAAGACUCAAAUAAAGCCAGCUCCACUAACAAACUUGAAGUCUUUGAAAUGAGGUGCCUGCACCGAAUGCUUAAAAUAUCAUGGGCAUACUUAGGGACAUAUUGCGAGGAGAAAGAUAUACUUGUCGGCAACUGGAACUCGAAGAAAACAUAG